GCACACACAGACACACACUCUCUCUGUCCCUCUGGCCGCCCGCCCCGCAGGCUCUCGCACUCUGGGCCCAGCUCUGAGAGGAGAAGAGGAAGAAGGGCAGAGGACUUUUCCCUCCCUGGGUUUUUUCCUGCUGCUUUUCUGUGUCUGGUGGUGGGGCCCAGGCCCGAAACCCUCUCUGAGUUUCCUCAGGUUUGCGGCGAGUUCUACUGGUCAUGGUGGGGCUAGCGGACAACGAGGUCCUGAGGGCCUUCGCUUCCUACGCGACCAUCGUGCUGUCCAAAAUGAUGCUCAUGAGCACUGCCACGGCCUUCUUCAGAGUCACCAGGAAGGCUUUCGCCAACCCUGAAGACGCCGCGUCCUUGGGGAAGGGCGAGAACCCGAAGAAGUUUAUCCGGACGGAUGAAGCCGUGGAAAGAGUGCGCAGGGCUCACCUGAACGACCUGGAGAACGUGGUCCCGUUCCUGGGCAUCGGGCUGCUGUACGCCCUGAGCGGGCCGGACCUGGCCAGCGCCCUGCUGCACUUCCGCCUGUUCGUGGGUGCCCGCCUCUACCACACCGUGGCCUACCUCGCCCCGCUGCCCCAGCCCAACCGAGGCCUCGCCUUCUUCGUCGGCUACGGCGUCACCCUCUCCAUGGCCUACCGACUCCUCAGGGACCAUCUCUACCUCUGACCCCACCCCGGGCGCCGGGACCCCCUUGGCUCCGACCCUUCCGUGCUGCUCCACCCCCUUCCGUCCCCCCCGCCCCCCGUGCCCGGGGAUGCCCAGGGCCCAGCCGCCGCCCACUCAGGCAGCCCAGCCUGGCUUGGCAUUUGAGCGGGAACUCCCCCGGCUCCCCCUCUGACCUCCAUCCUUCCAUCCCUCCAUCCUCCCAUUCUUCCCAUCCCUCCAUCCUUCCAUCCCUCCAUCCUUCCAUCCCUCCAUCCUUCCCAUCCCUCCAUCUUGUUGUUACCAACAAGUUGUUACCAACUUGUACUUCCCAAGUGCUUAGUACAGUGCUCUGCACACAGUAAGCGCUCAAUAAAUACGAUUGA